UGUUCAGGCCAGUCAAUAAUUCGACUCUCUUUACUUUAGAUAACACAGCUGAUUUUCGACACAUUUGUAUCACUUUAAAAUAUAAAAUUAAGUCUGCGGUAAAGUAAAUAUUUUUGGACAUACUACCUCAAACAGAUAUGUAUAAUGUUCGUUAUAUUAUAUAUUUGAUAAGUUUCACUCGACUAACUUCGGUUACAUAAGAUGUAUCGAGAUAUGCUUAAGUGUUUAAUGAGGAAAAUGAUUGUUAACCCCAUGAAAUUUUAUCACAAUAAGUCCGUCUGCCAUGUGACAGUACACCAGGGUAAGAUGAGAGGUAAAGUGUGCAGUACUCCGUGUGGUAAACAGUACUACAGCUUCGAAGGUAUACCCUACGCUAAGCCACCUUUGGGGCCCCUCAGGUUCAGAGAUCCUCGUAAAUUUGAUAACUGGCCUGGAGUACUUGACGCGACGAAACCUGGAAAUAAACCCGUGCAAAUAAAUCCCUGUAACAAAUCUAUAGAAGGUUCAGAAGACUGCUUAUUUCUAAAUGUAUACACCCCAACAUUGCCUGAUGAACAAAAACAAAAUCUUCCCGUACUAUUUUUUGUAUUUGGCGGUAAUUUAUACAGGGGAUGCGGACACAUAUAUCGUCCAGAUUACUUAAUACGGCAUGACGUCAUUCUAGUCACAAUUAACUAUCGUCUCAAUAUUUUUGGUUUUCUUAACCUUGAAACACCAGAAGUGCCUGGUAAUGCCGGUUGUAAAGAUGUCGCAAUAGCCCUAAGAUGGGUAAAACAAAACAUAGAACAUUUUAAUGGGGAUUCAAACAAUAUAACAGGAAUGGGUGAAAGUGUAGGCGCAGCUAUAACUACAUUAUUAUUGAUUUCAAAGAUGACUCAAGGUAUAUUUAAAAGAAUAAUUGGUUUAUCAACAACUGUAUCUGACAAAAUGAUUGGCGAUAAUCCUCUGGAAAAAGCAAAAGAUAUUGCUUCAAAUUUAGGAAAUAACAUAAAUAGCUCUGAAGAAAUGGAUAAUUUGUUCCGGAACUCUUCUCCUGAAGAUUUGUCUAAGGCUUUAAUGAAAUCAGUUUCUCGUGUAAAUAAAUAUGAUAAACACAGCUUUUUACAGGCAGCAGUUGAAAAGAAAUACGAUAAUGUAGAACCAUUUUUGGAUGAGUAUCCUCUACAGGCUUUAAGAACUAAUAAUUAUACUAAAGUUCCAGCACUUAUGACUAUGGCUACCCAUGAAUCAGCAUACUUUAUAACUCCUCCAUCCGGACAAUUUAAAUUUAACAAAGAUAUAUUGAAAUUCGUACCGACUCCUGCAUUAGAAGAUAAGGAUGCUGAGCAAUUAAUGGAUAUGGAGAAACAACUAAAAGAAUUGUACUUUCAAGAUAAAGAAAUCGGUCCUUCAACACUAGUCCAAUAUUUAGAUCUAGUUUCAGAUUUGUAUGUUACCAGAGACAUAAUCUACGCAGCAGAAUUAUUUUCUAGAAACGACGAUUUCUAUUUUUGCAGAUUUGGAUACGAUAACUCGCGUUUCAUGAAAGUUUUUGGUAUAAAAGGCGCUACACAUAGCGAUAUAUUACAAUUUCUAUUUUACACAGAGAAGAGAAGAAACACUUUUAAUGAACAAGAUAUGAAACUUGUUGAUAUGUUGACUGAGGCGUUGUGUAACUUCGCCAAAACUGGAAAACCAACGUGGAGAGGGCAGAAAAUAUCGUGGCCAUAUUAUAAGAGACAUGAAAGAAUAUGUUUAAAUAUUGAAGACAGAAUAAGCUGUGUCUCAUUACCCGAAUAUGAGAGGUAUACAAAACUAAUUAAUAUACUUAAACAAAAGCCGAAGAUACGACAACAUUAACAAGACAAUCUUGUACUAACAAUAAUUUUUAGUUUACACAUAUUCAAUUAAGGAAUAAUAAAAGAUAUUUGAGUGUCGGAUUUAAAUCUCUGAAAUUACGCAUAAAACAUUCAUUUAUUUAUUAAGACUUCGUUGCAUUACAAUAUAAACUGGCCUUAUCGAUCCAGGCUUUCCAGCGAUCUCUUCCAGGCAACCACUGUGAGAAGAGAAAACAUGCGUAUUAAAUUAAAUUAAAUAGUUUAUAUCGAAAUUAAUUGAUUAAAAAUUACAUUGAGUUUAUGUUAUUAUAUUAGUACACGACCUCCGACGGAUUGAAGGCCUCCAAAUUAUUCCAUUUGCCUCUGCUUUGCUACUAUAUUACUUUACCCGCCAUUUCUUUAAUUUAAAAAAAAUCGAAAAUCCAAGUACAAAGUUGGCCAUUAUUUAUUCAGCUGUAAUUAAUUAUUCAUUAGCGUACAUUUAAAACUGUUUUAAUUCAUGUAUUGUUCUCUCGCCUUUUUGGUGUCAAUGUCAAAUAGAAUAGGUUAGUAUAAUAGUAACAAUAUAUUUUUAUACUCAAAUUUUGUUGAGUCACAGACAUAAUAUUUUGAACAAGGCUGUCAAGUUUAACGGCGACGGGACAGCUAACUUAUGUAAACAUAUCCUUGUCAUAAUAUUUUUGACAUACGAGGAUGUUUUUAGCAUUAGCCCUAAAUUCAAUGAUAGUUCUAGACAAAAUUCUAUAUUGUUUUGACAUACGAGACUCAUAUUUAGCCUUGUGGUCGUUCAAGUAUUACGUAAGCACUAUAGGGGGGAGUUUUUUUUGAUUUGGUGGUUACUUUGCAUUUAAAUCGCAGUAAAUCUGCUUACGUAACUUGAACGGCCCCCUUAGCCCUAAAUACGAGGUCAAGUAUAGACAAAAUGCUAUAUUGUUUUGACAUAUAUGAUAUACCGUCUACGGAGCGGAUAUCAUAACCGUUAUAAUUAUAUACUUUUUUCUCAUUUUAUUAACGUAAUUUUUUUAUAAAUGUUUUUACAUCUGGCUGUUAUAGAUAGGAAACCGUUGUCUUUUGAUUAAAUAAAA